ACCACCUGACCACAGCAGCCAGUCAGCAGACACUUGUCAGACAGAAAGUCCACAGUGAAAGCUUAUAUCAAUCUUUUGUUUUUAACACUUUCGGUCGUAUAAUUGCGCUGAAAAAAAAGAAAAAAAGAAAAGAUAAAACUACACGGACUUCGGGGGACAUUUGAGAUAUUAACAACCAUGGAGAAUGAUGAGGAAGAGAAUGUGGAAGAAGCUGAAUCUAAGCCACUUCCUCGAAAGCAGCAGCUGUGUCGCUUCUACUUACAAGGAAGACAUUGCAAUUUUGGGAAGAAAUGUAAAUUCCUCCAUGUAAGAGAUGACACCAAGUCUCAUGAUGAUAAAACCGCGAGGACACCCAGCUUGUCUGAUGCCAUGCCGCCAAACUCACAGGACCCUGGUGGAUAUGUGGGCCACAGGCCACCACCCACUAAUAACUCCACAGGUGCCCCGGCAGCAUCCCGCCGCCCCUGUCGCUACUUCGUCUCAGGCCACUGCACCAUGGAGGACAGGUGCCGCUUUUGGCAUCCACCGGAGCUGCCACCAGUGGAUGACCAGUAUUUUCCUGGCAAUCAUACAAGAUCUGCACCGAAUCCACCGGUAUCUCGGCCUGGCGCCCUCCACGAGGUGAAGCUGUGUGACCUGACAGAGGACAUCGCCAAGCAGCUACGAGACACCGAGAUCAAGCAGCUGAAGAAGCGCUUUCCCAAAGAUCAGCUUAUUAUUCAGGAAAGAAGUGACGGAAAAGUUACCUAUUACAGGGCAACGGUCUGUGCCACUGAUCCAGACUGGCCAUUCGAUCUAAAAGAAAUUGAUAUCUUGGUGAGCUUUCCAGACAACUACCCUCAAGAGAUUUUUACAUUGGAUAUACCACUGGAUCAGGAGCUGCCACAUGUAAUGGCAAGACGUGUAGAGGAAGCAUCGCUGGAGUGGCUUCAAGCCAAGCACGCAACCAAUCAGCUUCUGGGAAAGGUAGAGCUGCUCUUCCGGCCUUUUCUCCGCUGGCUAGAUCGCAGCUUGGAGCGACUGUUCACAGAAGGAGCCAGACAGUUGAAAAAAGACAUCGAUUUAGAAAAAGCCGGGCUGCAGUUCAUAUCGUAUCAGGAGCUGCAGGCAACAGCGUGUGAAAGAUCUGAUCCUGCAUCUGAGGCUGCAGCUGCAGACGAGGAGAAGGAAGUGGAAAACACAGAAGCUGAGACGCCAAUGGAGGGAGGGAAGUUAGCGCAGAACGAGGGUCUAGGCGGCGAUGAAGGGCAGCAGGAGGAAGCAAGUCAUCUGGUGGAGAACAUUAAGAUCAGGGAUCCCCGCAGAGGCACAGAGAUGAAGCUGCUGGGACUGAGGCUGGGCGAGAACACAGCCACUGUAGCUGCCCAACGGAUCACCGUGUGUCUUCAGUGUAACAGGUGUAAAGUGACUGCGGACUUGACGCUCACCGGGAGGACAGCCUGCGCCGCUCAGUGUGACAAGUGUAACGCGAGUAUAAAUGCUGCAUUUCGGCCCUGCAUGCUUCACCAUUACAGCGACGUCCUGGGCUACCUGGACCUCCACAACGCUACACCCACCGACCUCGUACUCCAGGACUGUGACCUCUCAGUGGGCUGCCUCAGCUGCUCACAGGAGGGCCCGGUACAGAACCUUUUAUAUGGACAAACAAAGGAGUUUAAUUGUGAACACUGCCACAGCAAACUCAGCAUCCUGGCUGAGAGCACAAGAUUCCAGUAUAUUCAGCCCCAAACCAACAAAACAGAUUCAAGUGCUGUAAAUUACAAGACAAUCAGAGAUCCGGCCGUUCAGAAGGGGAAGCCACUGCCAGAGAAGGGGACAUGCAAGCAUUACAAACAGAGCCAUCGCUGGCUAAGGUUUCCCUGCUGUGGCCGUGCUUACCCCUGCGAUGUGUGCCACGAUGAGAACCAGGACCAUCCCAUGGAACUCGCCACCAGGAUGAUUUGCGGCUUCUGUGCCAAAGAACAGCCGUACAGCAACGGAAAGCCGUGCAUCAGCUGUGGGAGCAUGAUGACCAGAGGCACCCGCACCAGCCACUGGGAGGGAGGCCUUGGAUGUAGAAGCAAAGUAAAAAUGAGCAGAAAUGAUCGACAGAAAUAUGCCAACAGCAACAAAACGGUUUCAAGGAAGGCAGCCGGUGAAAAGAAGUAGCCGGCGAAGAGGAAACUUUAAUCAAGCAUUCAUUUGCAUGAAUACACAAACCAUGAUGUCACUGAAAUUGACGGUUUCCCACAAUAAAUCAUGUCGUUAUGAAUCAA